CUCGUGAAUGAUGUCAAACCAAAAAAACAAUAAUAAUAAUUAAAUGAAAGCAAUUUGUCACCCCAUAUACUUCUUGCUCAGGUUCCAUCUCCGAUCUCUCUCAAUCUAUCAAAACCGAUUUCUUAGUGUUUCUGUUUCCCAGUUCCGAUAUUCGAUGCUCAAACAACACAAUUGGUUAAUUUCUUAGUUCCGAUAUUCGAAGCUCAAACAACACAAUGGCGAAAGGAAGAUACUCUCGCCUUCAAGCUCGAAAAUCAUUUUCUUCGACACUGAUUCUGAUUCUCGUCAUGUUCACAUUCAUAAUUCUCAUACUUGUCGCCUUUGGAAUGCUCUAUCUUCCUAAUAAUUCCGCUGAUUCAUCUCGCAAAGCCAACGAUCUCACCACCAUCGUCCAUAAUAAAGUGGACAGCAAUUCCGCUGAUUCAUCUCGCAAAGCCAACGAUCUCAGCACCAUCGUCCAUAAUAAAGUGGACAGCAAUUCCGCUGAUUCAUCUCGCAAAGCCAACGAUCUCAGCACCAUCGUCCAUAAUAAAGUGGACAGUAGUGAGAGAGACGAUGGGAGACAAGAGCACUGGGCAGAAGUGAUCUCUUGGGAGCCUCGGUCUUUUAUCUAUCAUAAUUUUUUGAGCAAAGAGGAAUGUGAUUACCUGAUUAAUCUUGCCAAGCCUCAUAUGCAAAAGUCUGUAGUUGUUGACAGUAAAACCGGAAAGAGUAAAGAUAGCAAGGUGCGUACAAGCUCUGGCACAUUCCUUCCAAGAGGUCGUGAUGAAAAAAUCAGGGAAAUUGAGAAAAGGAUUAGUGACUUCACCUUCAUACCUGUAGAACAUGGGGAGGGACUCCAAGUUCUCCACUAUGAAGUUGGGCAAAAAUAUGAGCCUCAUUUUGACUACUUUAAGGAUGAGUUCAAUACAAUGAAUGGGGGUCAACGCAUAGCAACCCUUCUUAUGUACCUCUCAGAUGUGGAAGAAGGGGGUGAGACAGUGUUUCCUUCUGCCAAAGGGAACUAUAGUGCAGUGCCUUGGUGGAAUGAGUUGUCUGAAUGUGGAAAGGGAGGGCUUUCAGUUAAACCAAAGAUGGGUGAUGCAUUGCUUUUCUGGAGCAUGAACCCUGAUGCUUCUCUGGAUCCUUCAAGUCUGCAUGGUGGUUGCCCGGUAAUUAAAGGGAAUAAGUGGUCAGCCACCAAGUGGAUGCGUGUGAAUGAGUACAAAGUCUGAGUUAUAGUUUUAAAGCUUCAAAAUCAAUAAGCUGUAACCCUUGAAACUAAGGAUUAAAAAAGAUCUGUGGGAGUUGAGUAUUUGUUGCACAAUUCAGGAAGCUAGUAAAUAAAGUUCAGCGUGAAGUUUCCUUCAAGUCCAAAAAAUGGACAAUCAAGCCUAGUAGCCUACUCUUCUCUGUAUCUUAGUGUUAUUCAUAAAAGGAUUUUGGUGUUUAGUUUUCCUGCCUGUACAGUGUGGAUUGCAGAUGUCACAUUCUAACCCUUAGCAGCAAUGCUUAUCUUUUGUGCAGUUAAUUGAAUGACUAAACAUGUGAAUUGUAAUUUGACCCUCCUGAGAGAGAAAUCUAGUGCUAACAGGCAUCAAGUGAAUGUGUAAAUCUUCUCGUAUACAGCUUGUGCUACUUGCUGCUUGCUGCCGUAAAUUUUGAUUCAACUGCUGGGAGCCUUUUCGUUGGACUCGAGGACAGAAGAGUUUUGUUUAUGGUAACAACGGAAAUAGGUUGAACAUAAAGGAAAACCCACAUCUUGAUUUUGUAACUACUAUUUUUCCCCCCAAUAAUAAAUGCCUGUUGAAGUAUUUGUUUUGUCCAUUAAUAAAUUUCUGUGGAAGAUCUUUUUGGUCGA